AUGUCAAGAACGAAGAAAGUAAUUUUUCGUCUGGUUUGAGAUCAAUACGAACAUUCUAAUGUGAAUAAAGAUAAACUUUCAGACAAAAUUGUGGUGUUUGUGAUCAUUUCAAGUAUGGAAUGAUACAAAAUUUAAUUUUAAUAAUGUUUUGAUAUACAUUUUGCUUAGUGUUUGCUAUUUUAGUUACGAUCACUACUAUACCUACUUUUGUGGAUGCAAAAUGACGGUCCGUCUUUAUACUCGACUAAGUGAAGUGCUGGUAUGAACCUUACUAAAGAAAUAACUUUUAUUGCAGUGACUAUUUUCAUAUUAUGUAGUUUUGUUACCUCUUUUGAAAGCAACUAGUGCGAGUUUGUGUUUUACAUUGUAAUGUCGCCGAGAUGAUGUGCUAUUACGUCGCGGUGGCGGCCGCGUUGAUCGCCACUAUAAUAAAUGUAACGGGUGAUCAAGUGAUGCUACUUGAUACUACAACUGAAAAUACACUUGGUUGGACGCGUUAUCCGUAUGGACCUCAAGCAAGUACACCUGGUUGGACAGAAGAAUCGUAUACUAAUUUCGAAAAACUAAUAAAUUGGCGAUCCUAUGUGGUAUGUGAUGUAGCUCACCAUAAUGUUAACAAUUGGCUGUGGACACCAUUUAUUGAGAGAAGAAAUGCCAAUCGAAUCUAUAUCGAAAUUAAGUUUACUAUACGUGAUUGCUCUUUAUUUCCUGGCAAUGCAUUGAGCUGUAAAGAAACCUUUAGUUUACUUUACUAUGAGUUUGAUGUUGCUACCCGUGAACAACCACCAUGGGAGCCUGAAAGUUAUAAAUUAGUAGGUAGGAUUGCAGCUGGAGAGGGCAGAUUUAAUACCAAUUCAGAAGUGGAUAUAAAUACUGAAGUUAAAAGUAUAGCAGUCACCAAGAGAGGAGUCUAUAUUGCUUUUAGAGAUCAGGGUGCAUGUAUUUCCAUUUUGGCUGUAAAAGUUUAUUACAUUACUUGUCCAGAAGUAACAAUUAACUUUGCACGAUUCCCUGCCACACCAACUGGAAGAGAAGUUACAGUCAUUGAACAGGCUAAUGGUACUUGUGUUGAAAAUGCGGAGAUAGCUGUUGGAGAUUCGAAUCCAGUAUAUCUGUGCAAAGGUGAUGGAAAGUGGACCUUGCCAAGUGGUUCAUGUAAGUGUCGCGGUGGGUAUGAACCUGAUCAUAGUAAUCAAAUAUGUAAUAAAUGUUCUCCAAGCACAUUUAAAUCUCAUACUGGUGAUGAAUCAUGUAUGCCCUGUCCAGAUUAUUCUGAGACAACGGCUCAUGCAUCACUUGAAUGUAAAUGUGUUCCAGGAUUUUAUAGAGCUAAAAAUGAUCCAAAAACUGUACCAUGCACUCAACCACCAUCAGCACCUGAUAAUUUAACUGUUACUUUUGCUGACCAAUUUUCUAUCUCAUUAGCUUGGCAACCACCACAUAAGAAUGGUGGGAGGAAUGAUGUUACAUAUAAAGUUCAUUGUACAAAUUGUGGCCCUAAUGUUGAGUACAGACCAGCAUCUAGUGGAUUAAAUCAUUCUAGAGUUACAAUCAUGGGAUUGGAUCCUGUUACUGAAUACAAAUUUCAAGUCUUUGCUCUUAAUGGUGUAAGUGGGCUAACUGGAGAUCCUCCAAAAAAAGUGGAAAUCACAGCAGUAACAGAGGCAUCUGUAGUUAGUGUUGUGUCAAAGUUGAGAAUAGUGAGUGUUGAAAAUGAUAAGUUAUCUCUUGCUUGGAACCCACCUCCAGUUGACUUAACUGAUCCAGAUGAUACAAUAGAAAGUUAUGAAGUUAAAUGUUUUCCAAAAGACAAUCAUGAAAGAAGUGCAAAUGUUACCAUUAAAAUAACAAAGGAACCUCAUGUUAUUGUUACUGGGUUGAAAAGGGAUACUGAAUAUGGGAUUAGAGUAAGGGCUAAAAUGAAAAGGGGCUGGGGAGAAUUAAGUGGUAUUGUAUAUGCAAGAACUGGUGCAGCACUUGAACCAACAUUUGUUGGGGAAGAGGAGGGUGCUCAAGUCCGUUUAGUUGCUGGUGUCAUGGUUGCACUUGUAGUGCUUUCAGUUGUUGCAAUUAUUGCUACAGUUCUGUUUUUAAGAUCCAGGGCUGAUGAUGAGUGUGACAAAAAACAACCUAGUGACUGUAAUGCACUUAACUAUAGAAAUGGAGAAGUAUAUACUGGUCCUGAUAGGCCUACAAAAACAAGCAGCAAUGCCACAACACCACUGUUUGCUGGCACAGGUUCCCGAACUUAUAUUGACCCACAUACAUAUGAAGAUCCAAAUCAAGCUGUAAGGGAAUUUGCCCGAGAAAUUGAUGCUUCUUGUAUUACCAUUGAAGCUAUUAUUGGAGGAGGAGAAUUUGGAGAUGUUUGCCGGGGUAAACUAAAACUUUUAGCUUGUGGACAAGAAAUAGAUGUUGCCAUUAAAACACUAAAACCUGGUUCUACUGAAAGAGCUCGCCGAGACUUUCUUGCAGAAGCUUCUAUAAUGGGUCAAUUUGAGCAUCCCAAUGUUAUAUUUUUGCAAGGUGUGGUAACUAAAUGCAAUCCAAUAAUGAUCAUUACAGAAUUUAUGGAAAAUGGUUCAUUAGAUACUUUCUUAAGAGCAAAUGAUGGUAAAUUUCGUGUGCUACAGCUGGUUGGCAUGUUACGUGGAAUAGCAACUGGUAUGCAAUAUUUAUCAGAAAUGAAUUACAUACAUCGUGAUCUUGCAGCACGUAAUGUUCUUGUCAAUUCACAAUUAGUUUGUAAAAUUGCUGACUUUGGACUGUCACGAGAAAUAGAGUCUACAGCAGAUGGUGCAUAUACCACCCGAGGUGGGAAAAUACCAGUAAGAUGGACAGCUCCUGAGGCAAUUGCUUUCAGAAAAUUUACUUCAGCUAGUGAUGUGUGGUCAAUGGGUAUAGUUUGCUGGGAAGUUAUGAGCUUUGGAGAAAGGCCUUACUGGAAUUGGAGUAACCAAGAUGUGAUCAAAUCUAUUGAAAAGGGAUAUCGUCUCCCAGCGCCAAUGGACUGCCCUGAAGCUGUGUACCAGUUAAUGCUUGAUUGUUGGCAAAAAGAGCGCACCCACAGGCCUACAUUUGCUAGUAUUGUUAAAACAUUGGACAAGUUGAUACGUUGUCCUGACACUUUGAGAAAAAUUGCGCAAAAUCGCUCAACAGAUCCACUGGCAGGUGACACACCGGAUCUAAUUCAAUUUUCAUCAGUAGAGGAGUGGCUGGAAUGUAUCAAGAUGUCACGAUAUGUUGAAAAAUUUAGGGCUGCGGGUAUAACUGAUAUGAAUGCUGUUGUUGAUCUCACUGUACAUCAGCUAGCAUCUUUAGGUGUUACAUUAGUUGGACACCAGAAAAAAAUUAUGAACAGUGUACAAAGCAUGCGUGCACAGAUUCGUGUUAGUGGCCCAUAUGGAUUCCUUGUAUAAUAUUGUGGUUUGCUGAAAAUAUAAAAUAGUGUUCAUUUGAAAAUACAAAAAUUUGAACUAACAGUAGUCAAGUGAUUGAAGUGGGGAUUUUGAUUAACAAAUGGAAUCAUGUUGUAUAUUUUUCUAUAGAACCCAAAUUAUAGGCCAUAUUAUAAGCAUGAUAAGUCAUUUUAGCAAUUAUAGAUGUUUUCUAUCUAGCUAAAUAAUUUGUUAUGGUGUAAUUCUACUUUUCACUGUACUACUUUGUAACCUAAAUAUAAGAAUUAUUUACCAUAGACAUUUAAAUAAACAAAAAGGCCUUUUAUUACCUUCAUAAAAAACUAUAGCUUUAUGGAGCUGCCGUCUUUAAUACAACGAACAAAUGCCACAAUUAAAAUUUAAAAUUGUGCUUCAGUACAAACUCUUAUUUAGUUUUUGUUUGUAAAUCAAAAAUUUACAUUGUGAUUUUAAAAUUUAACCUUAAUAUAAAGGGGUACAUAAAUUUUGGAGAUUAGUUUACUAAAUAUGACAUUCCGAGUAUGUUAAUUCUUUAUUAAAUUUAUUUACAUUUACGUAUUAUGUAGGUAGCUAAAUUCAGUGCUAGGUUUUUUAAUCAUAUUAAUUAGAUUUUUAAUUUUUUCAUAAAAUAUUAACAGCAUAUUUAUGUAGUAAUUAAGAAUAUUUAAAAAUGUGAUUUAAUUUGUGUACUUAAUUUUGAACUUGCCACUUUAUUUCUUUUUUACUGGAAAUCAUACAAUUUAAUUCCAAUGUAUAUAAUAAAAUAAGAAUAAAAUGUUAAUUAUUACUUUUUAUACUAUUAAUUGAAACUAAUAUUAUUUUUCAAUUUUUAUUUCAUAAGUCCAAUACAAUUCUCAUUUCUAGGCUGUGUUAGUAAUGUUUUCCAUAAUAUUAUAAUGUUUAUUGUUUGGAAACACUUUAAUAAUACAGUUUUACCAAGUAAUAUCUAAUAAAGUAAAUUCAAACAAAUGUAAAAAAAAUUUGAGAAACCAAACGUUAUUAUUUUUAAAUUAAUGAGCCAUUUUUGAUAAAAUUAAACUGCCAUUAUAAUUAUAAGAACUUUAUAUAUUAUGUGUUAAUAGCAGCAUAGGAAUAUAUCAUGUGUGUCUGAAGUUAUUUUAUUUUACCUAAAACGAAAGGUUAGGUCAAUUUUAUACUGAGGGUUUCACAUGUCAUCCAUGUGAUGUGAUGUCAGUUUCAAUAUGUGCAUGAUAACUUUUGUAAUUUUAUUUUUGUUUCGUAUGUUUUUCAUAACUCUUAAAGAAACAGUCUAGUGACAAAAAUUUGUGAUAAAUAUUAAUGUCUCAUCUAUUGUUUAUUAUAUUUUGUGCACUUAUAUUGUAAAAAAAAAUCUUGCCAGAAUACAUAUUCCAAUACACUUAGUGCUUUAUGUUUGAGUAAGAAUAUAGUACAUACGAAAAAUAUGUAUACGUAUGGUAUAUAUUCUUAAACGUUGAAAUUGUGCAACCCUCAGCAAAAGAGUCACCCUCGCACAUAAAUAGGCUUCAAAAUGCUGUGCGCUCUUAAAAGAUUAUAUAAGUAACAAGGCUUUGUAAAGCUACGCGAUUUCAUUAUUGAGUUGCUUGAAGCGAAUUUUAUUUCGACUGUAAAAGUGUGGGCUUGAAUAUUUUAAAGUUAAGAUUCUAAUGAUAGAUUUUGUGUUAUUCGUUGAUCUUCUUUCCUUUUCACAUUAUCUUUCAAAUCGCAACAUGUGUAAUUUUUAUAAUCCACUCCCUGAAAGCAAGGUAAACUUAAUAUAAAACCUCGCUCAAUGGUUUUUUCGGCACUCUUAGCAUGAAAGCUACUGUCCAAGUUACAUAAAACUUCUUUUUAUGAUUCUCAAAAGUUUCUGGAAAGGCUUUUAAACAAAAGAAUGCUCCUCUUUUGUAAUACAAGAACUUUGCCUUUCAAAAAAGUAGGCUUGUGAGAUAUAUUUCUCAGGUUGUUUUAAGUUAUUGAUGCUUUGAUUUUCAUGGACCGAUGAAUAUAGGGGCUUAUAAAGUGUGCUCCCACUAAAUAAAUUCUUCGAGAAACUCCCAAUUCCUAAUUCCCAUUGCAAUAAAAACAAUGCGCCAUAAUUCUAUAUUGAUUGGAUAUUAUAUAAAUUGUCUUCCAUUGGCAAUAAAAACAUUAUAUUAUAGAAAAAAAAAUACCAAAUUUGGACAAGCCAAAUGGUUAUAUUGUAAUUUCCUUCAUAAUGUUUGCUAGUGUUUGUAUUUGAUAUUUAUGGAUUUUAGUCUUAAAGUAUUUCCUUUAAUAGUUUUACAUAUCCCUAGAUUUCCCUAGUUUUAAAAUAUUAUGUGCAAAAAGACUUUUCUUUUAGUUUUGUAUCUUCUCUUCCUUUUAAAUUUUUAGUACGCAUGGAUAAUUAUUGUCAAUAUCAUUAAUUACGCUUCACACUCAACGUUUGAAAAUACACCUGUAUCCAUAGUCCAUAAAGCAAAACGCAAUAAUAUAUUCACAUUAUAUUCGUAUUUCAAACGUAAAUGUUAUAUAGAUAUAACUACGAUCAAGAACUAUUUUUUUAUUCUUACACAGUGUUAAUUUUUCUUAUUCUUUUUAGAGAGUCAAUUUAAAUGUGGUGAUUUUGAUAUUUUACAAUAUACAUAAGUAUAAUUAAAUAUGAUGCUACUAGAAGAAUAAUUUGCCUUUUUUAUAAUUUAUACUAAAAUCACGGAAACAGAAUUAUUGUGAAACAUUAUGUGUAUACAUUUGUAUAUUUUUCUAAUAAAAAAUGGUCUGUGAAAAAAUUUGACUUAUAUUCAAAUUAAAAAGAUUAUCCAUCGUGCUAAUAGAUAAAAUUGUUAUAUGAGAAUCUCACAGGUAGUUCUUUUGAUUUGUAGUUUUGUGGUGUUGAGAAACUCACAAAUUAAAAUUUAAUUCAUGUAAUAAAUUAAUACGAAACUCUGAAAGCAAUAAUUAUGCCUCUUAAGUAAGACAGCUCAUAAAAAUAAUAAUAUUGAAUGUUAAAAUUAUAAUGCUGUUGUUAUUUAUAAUUAUGUUCAACUUGGCUUUGACUUGUACCCCCUUAUAAGUCUGCUAACUUAAGAAUUGCUAAUUCUCACUCUGUCUUCUUCUAUUGACCUAAGUCAGAAUGAGAAGAAACACUCCUUAGCGGCUGUUUAAAGUUAGCGGACCAUUAUGAAUAAGGGAGUUAAUAUAUAAUACGCCGUAUAAAACCGCCGGUUGUCAAAUGAUAUUGAUUACAUACUGGCUACUGCAUUUCGGUAAUGUGAGUCAAAUCGAAGUGGAUCAAGAAUGUACAUUUUCCACGAAGUGAGCGCUUCUAGGAAACAACAAUGGAUGUGAUAUACAAUAUUAUUUUGUUUACUUUUUCAGUAAUGUUAAUUCGACGUCGACAUAUUCAGUGUGUAACAUCUAAGUUAUCAUUAUUAUUUAUAGUACGUUAAAUAUAAGCCCUAUUUUAUAUAUGAUUGAGAAUUUAGAAUAAUUGCUUAACGCGUCAAUGUAGAGCUUCUUGUAUCAAUAUUCAUACAUAUUCUGGAUAAAAAACGAACUAGUUAAGUAUUAUUAGUAACACCAAUCAGCCUAAUUAAUUGUAAUUCUUAGUUAUCUUUAGAAUAAUUUAUAAGAUUUUUAUUUUAAAGUGGAAUGGAACAUCGUUUACUGUAUUAUUUUAUGUUUAUUAUAUAUUAAUCGUGGAUUAUUUUCCACCGCCCAUGAGAUUUAUAAAUCUGUAAACGUUUCUGUAGACGUUUUCUAAUAAUUUGUAAGGAGCGAUGUUUCAACCUCAAAAUUAUAUUAUAAUUUAUAACGCGUUUUUAUAGUAUAAAAUGUUAGGCAACAAAAUUUAUAAAAAUUGGAUUGGUUUAGAUACAAGGAAAGUGUAAGCUUUGCUAUAAUUUAUGUAAUAAACUAUUGAUAAUUUUA